AUGACAUUACCGGCACUUUCUAUUUCUUAUGUACGCUGUAUUAUUCCUUUUCGAUUUAAAAUUCUUCCCACAUUAGUUUGCAAAAUGUCUUUUGUUUCUGUUGCACCCGACAGCGAUUUUCCUAUUCAAAAUCUACCUUAUGGUGUAUUUUCGACGGCAGAUAAUGCAAGUAUUUUAAAGUUUUCUUUAACUAACUUGUUUUUCUUUUUUACAAGUAAAUACUUUUUACGUGUCAUGGUCUGGUCUUUUAAAACUAGGUCAAGGCCUAUUCGUAACCUUAGACAUAGCCUAUCAGAAAAUGUCCUAAACGUCACACCCCCAUCACACGUGUGUGUCGGUAAGAAGUGGAAAAUAAACAUUUGGAACUUUUCAUUUUUAUACUAUUAUGCUCAUAAAAAGAUCAAGCUUUAGGCUUUAAAUAUUCAAGGCUAAAAAAUAACCUUACUUAGUACUGUGCAUAUAUUUUAGUUUUAGGAAUAUGUCAAUUUUUCAUCAAUCAAUACUACUAACUACUAUAUUUUAAUUAUAUUAUUAGAUAUUAAUAAAUAAUAAUAUUAUAAUAAAUAAUUUUUUAAAAAUUAUGAAUAUGCUACUGUAAUUGUAAUGUAAUAAUAUAAUAGUAAUACUUAGUAAUAGACUAUGGACUAUACUAGUAUACUAUAGCAUAUGCCUGUAGCUAUAGCAUAGCAUAGCCAUGGCCAAUACUAUGACUUAGAAUAAUAGUAACAGUAACAGACUUUAAAAAUUAUUUACUUAAACUUUUAUUAUCAUUAGCCUAUGCUAGACUUUACAAUAAUAAUAAUAUAGUAUACAGUAUACUAAUAAUACUAUUAUACUAUACUUAACCAUCAGCAGAUUAUUAAACUCACUUUUAUAUUAAUAAUUAGGUCGAUUUGUCAUAAUUAAUUUAUUUGUCAUUUAUUAUGAAUGACAUUUAAAUAACAAAGUGCUAGGCUAGCAACAAUUAUCUUUUAUUUUCAUACUAUAUGACAUAGUAUAGAGUCUAGCUAUUAUCAUAUUUCAUAUCUUAUUGAUUAGACUAACAAUGCCAGUUCUUGAAGGUAAACCAAAAAACUGAUGCAUCAAACUUCAAACACUAAGAAUUUUUUAAAAUUUUCAGUCAAUAGUUAGUUAUUUUAUUAACUUAACCAUUUACUAGAGACUAGAGAACAUUUUACAAAUAAACAUUUUGCAACCUUACCAACUUUUGACUCAAGUUGCUUUUUAUAUUUCAUAAAACAUAUUGCCAAUAUUUCUUCAACAUGAAUUCAGUCCUAAUCAUAUAAUGCUUGUAUGAUGUCACAAUAGUACACAUUUUUUUUGCAUCAAUAUGAUUUUUGUGCAGGGGUCAUUACUAAUAAUCAAACAAAAAUCAUAAUUCAGAAGCCCACAAUUUUUUCCUCAUGAAUUAGAUCCCAUUGCCUCUUGUUAUGUGGAUUUCUUUGUAGAUGAGAGUGUCUGUCCCAUGAACCUCAUUUCCUUUUUCAAGGAUAUAAUGUAAUAAAUUUGACCCGAAAAGUAUAACUUGGAUCAACCUUAGAAUAUGAAAUGACUAUUUGUUUUAGUUUAAUAUGUGCAUGCCAAUCUAAAAAUUAAAUGAUAAUUGUUUCCUAGCAACUGCAGAACUACAAAAUAAAGUUAAAGGGUUUCACGUUGAUGCCACCAUGCAAAAUGGUAGCAACGCAUUCUAUAAUGGAUGGAUAGUUUUUAAAAGAAUAAAUUAUAUUUAAUAUAAUUAGGUGUUUAGCUAAAAUGUCCAAGUGAUCGUCCUGUCUUAUUUUUUCAAGCCUAAACAUAUCUAUUCCACUAUUGAUGAAUAUUUCAUAGAAACAAAAAGCUGUCACUUUCCCAUAUUCAAUUCUCAAACUAUGAGUAGUACAUGUGAUAGACAUGCAUUUUCACAGAUGUUUUUAAAAAGUUGUACAACAUUCAGAAAUUUUGAAAACCCUUUGCUUAAAAUUUUGUCUCAAAGUGUUUAGGAAGUGUGUACAAAGACCAUUAUCAUUGACCUCCUAACAUCUGCUUUGACUUCAGCCCAAGCCAAGAUUAGGUGUUGCCAUUGGAGAUAGUGUUUUAGAUCUUACUGAGGUCAAACAUUUGUUUGAUGGUCCAGUCUUGAGGGGCUCUCAACAUGUUUUUGAACAGGUAUGAAUCCAACAGCUGAAGCCAUUUUUUUCGUUAAGAGUUAUUAUUGAAUCAUUUCUUUCAUAACAUUUUACUGAUAUUGACAUAGUACCGAUAAUGACAUAGUAUUGAUACUGACAUUGUACUGAUACUGCAGAAAAUCAUUGAAAGUUAUUUAAUAGAGUUUUCUUAACUUCGAAUUUUCUCUAUAUUUUCCUUCAGUCCACACUUAAUGGUUUCAUGGGCCUUGGUAGGGCUGCCUGGAGUGAAGCCAGACAGACCUUGCAGAAAAUUCUGUCUGAUUCUGAGCCAUGUCUGAAGGACAAUGCAGAGCUGAGAUUAAGGUCUGUUAUGUCUCUAUAUUUAUGUAAUGUCACUUCCAUAAAUUUUAUUUUUUGCUCGUUGUAAUAAAAAUAAUUAAGUUAUGCUUAGCUCAGCUCCAUAUAUUCCAGAUCAACGUUCCCAAAUGGUGGUCCUCGGACUGGCAACAGUCUGCAAGCCUUACAUUGCUGGUCCACGCAGCAUGAAUAUUUAUGGUAUCAGUAAAAAAGAAAAAAAAAAGAAAAUAUAAUUAAUAAAUCUGGCACAGGAGAAAUUUUGAAACUUGUCCACUGGUCCGCCAAACUUAAAACUUUUUGGAAAGCUGUUCAAGAAGACUUUUCUAUUGAACUGCACCUAGGGAAUUUCCACGUCUUUAUUAUUGAUCUAAAUUAAAUUUUUGAAACUUUUUCAGAGCUCUUCUUCCACAAAAUCAAGUAAAGAUGCUCCUACCUGCAGCCAUUGGUGAGUUUGGUCACAAAACAGUCAUCAGAUUAGUUAUGUUAUAGUGGACAUCAGGUUCAACAAUGUUUACAUACUGUUAUAUACCAUUAUUGUAUGGUUUUUGGAGCUUUGUUUUGGUUUAAGAUUUAGCUCUUUUGUUGAACAAUACAUAGCAAAGGACUGAAAACCAGUAUCAGACCUGUUUACACUUACGGUUUUGACAUACAAUGUACGAUUUUGAGGUGUAUAUCAUAUAUACUGUAUGUUUAUUUUAUUAAGAUAAUGUAUUGAACGAUUUUGUGAUGAUAUUGUACGAUUUUAAGUGUUUGAGGGUAAACAGGUCUGCAGUAUAAAAAGAAAAACUAUACCAAAGCUAGGGACAUUAACAAUAUUUAAUUUUACUAUUAAAUUUUUAUAAAGAAUACAAAAUCAAAUGGACAGAAAUUAAAACUAUAUCAACUUAUAGCAUAGCAAGUGAUGAAGAAAAAUCCCGGAAAGAUACAAAUCUUCAAUUGCACACACUCAUAAAAAGUACAAUCUGGUAAAAUAUUACAUGUCACAAAUGUCUAGGAAAAAUUGCAAAGAUCUACCCUGGCUAGGAAAGCUGUUGGUAGUAAAUUAGAACCCUCCUGAUAAAAAAUUCCAGCAAUUGCGUUACCUGAUAAAUUUCUUUUAUAACCCGACCACUCGUGGAAGGGGUGGGGACGGUACAGAGCUACACACUUGAUUGGUGACAUCUACAUCAAAUCAAAAAAAGAGGCAUGGGAGUGUCUAUGUUGAAGGAAAAAAAAAAUUGGUUGUUUUCAGAGACAACCAAGUCAAUUGAAAAGGGUUGGACUUUAGAUAAAACUAAAACAGAUGAAAAGACGCACAAGCGCCAACAAGUAGAAUGAAUUUUCAUGACAGAAAAAUAAUUGAAUGAAGGAUCCUACAGCACAACAUGUAGAAAUUCAAAUGGUUUAAAAGAAAGGAGAGAAACGCCAGCACACAAAAUGAUUCUAAGUUAAAUUUGCAUUGGUUGUGUGCUGAUGUCAUGUAUCUCAUUAACAUGGUUACUGGAAGUUUUAAUUGGUGAUAUUUAGAUUUAGAUAAUAAUUACUUGGGAUUUGUUACAUCAAAAUUUUAAGAUGUAGCUGUAUGAGUUUAAAAAUAUAAUAAUAAUAUUUGUAAUUGAAGUACAGACAACUGUAAUUGUCUGCUCUUUUUUUAUUGAUUUAAAAAAAAAUAAUUUAAAAAUGAUUAAAAUAUGGCAUUUAAAGUAUGGUAAUCCCUAGUUUAAGCAUCUACAAGUUUUAAGCAAAUUAAUGUUUUCUUCUCUGCGUCUUAUAAUAUCUAAGCUUGAUCAUCUUUAAUUCAUGUCUCUGUACUUGUACACCAGGGGACUACACGGAUUUCUACUCAUCUAAAAACCAUGCCUACAAUGUCGGCUGCAUGUUCCGUGACCCAAAGACUGCUCUCAAUCCAAACUGGUAAAAUAUCACCGCCCUUGUAGUUGAAACUCUCUAACUAAUAGUUAGACUUUUAUUGCUGGAACUCUUCUGACACCUACUGAUUCUAUUGUUCAAACACUUUUGACGCCUCUAACUACUGAACUGAGGCCAAAUGCUCUUAAUUAAUAAGGUUGUUACAGGUUGCAAUGAGAAAAGUUACAAAUUUCCAAGUGCAGUUCAUGCAGCUUAACUUUUUGUACAUAUACCAGAUAUAAAUUUAAAAAAAAAAAAAAAGCUAAUUUUAAUAAUCAUGACAUCAUUGUCGUCCAAGAAACUUAAGAUCAAUGAAUGAUUUUGAAAUUCCAGGGUUCAUUUGCCAGUUGGAUACCAUGGCAGAGCUUCUUCAGUGGUUGUAUCUGGCACACCCAUUUGCCGACCCAAUGGGCAGACAUCCCCGGAUGAGAGUGAGUGAAGCAUGACUCUAAUUUCUCCCACUUGUAAAAUAAAUUUCAUAGAUUGUAAUAUUGGUUUAAUGUAGAUUUAAUAUAUAUUUAAUAAAGAUUUAAUAUGGAAUGUAAUACAGAUUUAAUAGAGAUUUUUAACCAUUUGUCAUGCAGAUUUAAUAUAGAUUUUUAACCUUUGGAUAAACGUAUGCCAUAUAUAUAGUAAAAAAGAUUUCCCUGCAGAAAACUUUUGACCUUGACAUGCUUAUUUUAACUUCUCUCAGUGCUGAAGAUUUAUGAGUAUUAUUUUUUACUGCUGGCAGAUAUGAAACAGUUAUACAUUAAAAAGUAACAUGUGAAAUUUUGUUUGCCCUGCGGAAUUGCGGUUUUACUUCUUAUUGUUUGUGUGUACAAUGCGUCUACCACUGACAUGAUGAUUGAUUUAGUCACAUAACUUAUUAUUUUUUUUUCUAUUGUCAGCUAAACCUCCUGUAUUUGGGCCAUGUCGUCUGCUGGACUUUGAGCUGGAGACCGCUUUCUUCACUGGUCCUUCCACAACUUUAGGGUACCCCAUCUCCAUGGAAGAGGUAGAAGAUCACAUUUUUGGCAUGGUUUUAAUGAAUGAUUGGAGUGGUGAGUAGUCCAGACACAAUCAUUUUUUUUUAUUGACUAAAUAGAGUCGUGAGUGGUCUAGUCACAAUCAAUGUUCCCUCUAAGGUUUGUUGGUUCGUGUGAAAAAUCAUACAGUUGUGUGCAAAGUUUUACAGCUUCAAUUUUUUUGUGAGCAAAAUUUUACAGCCCACUCACUUACAUGGAAAUUUGCUGCGGGGUACUCAAAACUGCUGCGCGGCGUCUGUGAGAUAGCUGCGCAGCUUAAAGGGAACAUUGGUCACAAUCAUGGUAUAGUUUUUGGUGGUUAUGUGCCCGCCACUUAAUACUCAUUUCUUCGGUUUGACUAAAGUUUGAUAAUGCCAUGUACUGAAGAAAGAUGAUAUAUAGGUCUAAUCUCUAUUGUGCACGGCCUGCACUAUAUUGAUGAAUAAUGAGUGUUUUAGCUGACUCCAUUAUGAACAGCUCUGCUGUAGAUAGUUAUUACUUUAUACUGUAUUCCAUUAGAUGAUGAGAAAUCUGCUACUGUUUGACAAGCUAGAUUACGGUACGUUAAAAAUCAUGCCUUACUCAGAGAGCUAUCAAUUUAGCAAUGAAAAUGAUAAAUGUUUUCUCAUUUAUCUGCAGCCCGUGACAUCCAAAAAUGGGAGUACGUUCCCUUGGGUCCCUUCCUUGCCAAAAACCUGGGCACCACAAUCUCACCAUGGGUUGUCACCAUGGAUGCACUCAAGCCAUUUAAAGUCCCCAACAUGAAGCAGGUCAGUCAAAGUCUGGCCAAAGAGAGUCUUUAGGGCUGUUGACCUGGGAUGUUUUUUUUUCUCUAUGAAUGUUUUUGUGUUAGUUAAUCCAAUGAGAUGUAUUGAAAUAGUUGGCAGAAAAAUGUUACUUUAUAUUAACUUCUCUUUUGUUCGUGGCUAGCAAAAUCUUCAGACGCCUAAUUGGCCCACUUCCCAUCCAAUCUAUCGAGCUGAACCUUGGCACAUGGACCCAUUGGAAACCACAACACAUUCUUUCAAAUUUUCAGCUCCGCCCCCAGCACCAACCCCGAAAAGUCAGUUUUUCCUGUUUUUCAAGGAGAAGAUGAAGGAAAUAUUAAAUGAUGCCACAAAUUUCACGAAAUAAAAUUCCUGACAACCGAGCUGAAUGAGAUUCUUUUUAAAAAUUGUCACAAAUGGUGUGUUGUGUAAUAUUUUCUUUUGUUUUUCUGAAAUAUUGGUGAAAUAAAUCUGCAGUGUAAAAGGGGGCGGGUCAUUAAAAUAUUAAUGUAGUUCAGGGGCGGGAAGAAAAAAAAAUUCAUUUCAGAGUGGCCGGGGGAGGGGGGGGGAAGGCACUAAUUGGGACUUUUAAAAUGUUUGUUGCUUGUAUGCAUCUUUUGUCAAAAGGCAGUGGUCAAAAGUAUGACAUAUAGUAAAGAAGCCUUUGUCAGGGACUCUCAACCUUUCUGACAUUUUCAUCAGGGUAGCCCCUUAUGCCUACCCUUUAUCUUAUUUUAUUUCCAGUAAUUACUCCUUCGAGACACAGAUUUUGAACCACUGAUCUUCUUCAAGAAUGUAAUUAUUUCAGAAAGCCAAUUUGUGCUGCUGACCUCAUCAUGUCCUUAUGGUGCAUUGGGAGAUGAUUGUCAACUGUUCAUUGGUUCAAUUAUCUUCAAUGUUACUUAGGGACAAUCCAUGAAUGACGUCACACUAUUUUGUCCAAUUUUUACACCCUACCGUUCCCUGAAUCAUCACAAAUUUGUUACGCUAAUAAGAUACUUUAAUCACACAAUGUCACAACUUUGUGACAGCCCACCCUUGGAUGCAUGAAGCUAUUAAGGAAUAAUCACUUACAUUGUCUCUUCAUUGUUAUAUAGGUUGUCUCUUCAUUGUUACAUAGGUUGUCUCUUCAUUGUUACAUUUGUUGUCUCUUCAUUGUUGCAUACGUUGUCUCUUCAUUGUUACAUACAUUGUCUCUUCAUUGUUACAUUUCUCUUAGUUGUUACAUUUUUCAACUUAAUCUACCAGGAUCCAGAACCACUUCCCUAUCUCCAACAUAAGGAUGACUAUAAUUUUGACAUCAAGCUGGACGUGUCACUCAUGGGUAUGGCAUUAACAUUAAUGAUGUGCUGUCAUGGGUAUGACAUUAAUGAUGUGCUGUCAUGGGAAUGACAUGACAUAAACGAUGUGUUACUUAUCAUAAUUUGAUGGUUUGCCUGAAUUAAAUCUGUGAUAAUUUGAUCAUUAGUUGUAUCAUCUUGGUAUUUGUUCUAAUCUUGUUUGUAUCAAGUUGUAAUGUGCCUGACAGCUCUAAAAGAAGAAAGGGAUACCUAUCAAAUUUUAUUUUGGUUCUUUUUGAACUUUUUGUUCUGAAAACCUUGUCCACAAAAGUGAUCUUAAAUUUAUACUUUUUUUAACAAGCGCUCUGGUUACAUGUUAAACUCUACCUUAACACAAGCAUUGUAAUGUAAGGCAUAGUCCCUCGCGCCGUCUCGCCCCACCCCCCCCACCCCCCCACAUCAUAAUUUCAGUUGAUGGCCUAACUAAGCCCUCUGUCAUAACUAGAUCCAAUUUCAAAGUAAGUUUUGUUUGUUCUGAUUAAGUUGUUCAUGUUGCAAUCAUUAGGCUUUGAAUGGUUGUAGAUGUUUAAAAAAAUAAAUAAUGGCUUUAAAUGCUGUUUUUUGUUCUGUAUUGACAAACCUUUAGGAUUUUAAAGAAGUAAAUUUGAAAUUGGUUUGUGGUACUUUUGAGUACUAUGUCUUGUCUAUCUUCUAGUACAUGUACUGGUCAAUGAAACAACAGCUAGUCCACCACACAUCGUCUGGGUGUAACAUCAAACCUGGGGACUUGAUGGGGUCAGGGACCAUAUCAGGGGAAGUAAGUAGCCUCGAUUACUUUGUUUCCUGUGUAUGAGAAUCUCACGGGUGAAAGUAUAAGCCAUUUAAACAAACCCCCCCCCCCCCCCAACAGCUGGAGGGACUUUCAUCAAGUACAGCACCCCAUUUUUUUUCCCCUUGUCAGACUGACGACUCGCUGGGUUCCCUGCUUGAGUUGUGCUGGAAAGGAACAAGAACUGUGGAACUUGGGAACGGCAUCACUAGAAAAUUCCUACAGGAUGGGGAUGAGGUUAUCUUCCAUGGUGAGUUGUCUGAAUGACCUGCCCCUGAUUUGCUCUUCUUUUCAUAUUCGGGUAAUUGUGUUGAUUCAGCGCGUUACAAAAAUUUAAUUUUGAUUAUUUAAAAUACCUUUUUUUUAAAAAUAAAUUUGCUAAAUCCUUUUUUAAAAAAAAAAUUUUGUUUUAAGCAUUAUGGAUUAAACAGGAAGAUAAUCAUGUCUAUAUGUUUAAAUGAAGACAUCUGUGUUAAGAUUAUGUUGAAGUAAAUAUUAUCAUCCAAAAUAAGAAAUCAGUGACGAAAUUGCCCAGCUGUGAUGCUCUUGUCGUCAGCUGUGAUGCUCUUGUCGUCAGCUGUGAUGCUCUUGUCGUCAGCUGUGAUGUUCUUGUCGUCUGCUUUGCUGUUUGACACAUGCUCUUUUUUUUUUUUUUGUAGACAAGUACGAGACAAAAAUCUGUCAUACACUAACCAAGUCCAUAACUUGUCCCAGACUCUAUGAUAGUUAAUUAUAAUAACUAAGUCCAUAACUUAUCCCAGACUCUGUGAUAGUUAAUUAUAAUAACUAAGUCCAUAACUUGUCCCAGACUCUGUGAUAGUUAAUUAUAAUAACUAAGUCCAUAACUUAUCCCAGACUCUGUGAUAGUUAAUUAUAAUAACUAAGUCCAUAACUUGUCCCAGACUCUAUGAUAGUUAACUGUCUAACUUAGGCCAUUACUUGUCCCAGAAGCCUCUCAUUGCCAUGGUUAACAUCCCCAGGUUACUGCGAGGGAAACGGCUACAGGGUCGGAUUUGGUACCUGUUCUGGGAAAGUGUUACCUGCGCACCAGCUCUGAUGAUAGUCUCAUCACCUGCUGUUGGUCAGCGCCUGGUUUGGAACAGCACACCUGGCCUGUUGUAUGCAAGACCAGCUAUUGACAACAUGAUGGAUUCAGUUUUAACUGAUUUGUUUAUGUAACACUGUCAAAUUUUUCAGGCUCAAAAACAUUCAGUGAAAAGGGGAGUGAAAGAAUAUUUCUACAAGGAUUUGUAGUUAUAGUUUCUAAAGGUUUUAUUGUCAUGGCCUGUUAGCUUAUAUAAUUAUAUAAUUGCUGUGACCCAAGAAAUUUAAAAAAAAAUUUAAAUACCCCUACAAAUUGUACUACAAUUUGAGGACCAUUUAUCACAUGCUCCUAAGACCCAAGAUUGUUUUCAUGCUGUAGCCAUGCACCCCCCUCCCACCCCUUCCACCUUUCCCCCCACACUCAGCCAAUGAAUAUAUAUGUUAAGUAAAUACCAUGUUAUCAACUAAACAGAUGAUCAUUUAUUUAGUUAACCUGGGUGUAGGCAGUGCUUGGGUGCCCUGGGCAAUCUCUUUUUGGUGCAUUCAAUUUGAUUGUUGUUUCAGUAUUUCUUAAUGUUAUUGUAUCAUAAGGUGUCCGGGCAUGGAGCCAGUGCUCUGCUGUGGUAGGGAUAACAAGAGCUAUCUGUUAGACCGGGGUCCUGUUUUUUGGGGAUGUAUGGUUUGUGCCUUAAUUGGUUUCUAGGCUUGAGAUGGUUCUACAUUUAAGAUGAGUUUCUGAUGGUGCUCCAUUUCAGAUGGUUUUGAGAUGGUUCUCCAUUUCAGAUGGUUUUGAGAUGGCUCUACAUUUCAGAUGGUUUUGAGAUGGUUCUACAUUUCAGAUGGUUUUGAGAUGGUUCUACAUUUCAGAUGGUUUUGAGAUGGUUCUACAUUUCAGAUGGUUUUGAGAUGGUUCUACUUUUCAGAUGGUUUUGAGAUGGUUUUACAUUUCAGAUGGUUUUGAGAUGGCUCUACAUAUGCAUUGAAGGUUAAAAUAUAAUGGCGUCUGAUGUCUUGUUGCUGAUGGUGUACAGCAUUCAUGUGUGUUGCUGGUGUGCCCACAGUUCAUCGGGGUACUGUGCAACCCUUGCUGUGUUUCAUUGAAGUUGUAUUGCAUUGAGAAAACUAUAUUUGGUACUGUCCAGUUUAUCAAUGUUCAACGUCUGUCUCCUUUUGUUCUUGUAUGUCUGUAUAACAAAAUGAACCUAAACUGUUCAUCGUGAACUCACAGACUUGCAGGUGGUGGAAAAUGUGUUUUGAAAAUAUAUUUAUUUUGUAAAAAAAAACAACAUAUUUUACUCAGAUGUUCAGAGUUUACUGUUAAAUACAUUAUUUUUAUGCUGAGUCAUGUUCCAGUUUGUGAGUUCUACAACCCUACCCCCAACCCCACCUACCCUUUAUUCCUUUUUAUUUUUCACCAACUAAAGCUUUCUUCAAAGUUCAUGAAUUGGUAAACAGACAUGACCUCAAUAGUUUCCUGGCUACUUGAACUAAUUCACAAAUUAAAUUCUGCACUUUACUUUGAACAUUUUUUAGACGCCACCAAAACCUUGACCCUUCUCUUGAUGCUAAAGCUAGUCAAGUCAAACAGAUUCAUUCAAAAUGAAGACACUUGCAUUAAGACAGUGACACUCGACUUAUGACAAGACAAUGACACUUGUCCAGAUGUCAGUUAAUUUAAGACCUCAUCCAUUCAAUGUUCUUGUUAAUUUUUUUUUUCUUCUCCAGACAUCAGAUUUUAAUUAUACAUUGUUAGCUAAAAUUGUGACCAUGUCAGAUGCCAUCUGCCAAGUGGCUCUUGUUUCACACACAUUCCAUGCUCGCUACAACUCACCUCAAUGUCAUUCUAAAUUAUAUGGAAGUAAAAGUUUUUUUUUGUUUCUUUUAUGUGAUAACUAUUUAUGUUCCUGUUCUUUGUAAAAUCAAUCAUCAAUACUUCUCUGGAUAUGACAGGAAGUAAAGGUGUGAUGGGGAGUUCCGUAGCGUAGCGUGCAAAUUAAAAUUCCCGAUAACUGCGCCAAAGGAGAU